AUGACUGCCGCCGUCCUCUGCCCCUGUUGCGCUGCCGCGGCAGUCGAGGCCGCAAGCAUUCGUACGAAUGGAAGCGGGCGGAGUGGGAGGCGGGCGGCGGUGCGCGUGCAGUCAGCGCGGGAAGCAACCCCCGACGGGCCACUCUUCCGCGCGCCCGCUCAGGUGACCUGUGCGCACGCUGCUUACGCGGAGCCUGCUAGCCGCUACCGGCUGCAAAAGAGCCGCCUUCCCCCCGUGAACUCGCCGGGGGCGGGGGAGCGCCAGUUGCGCGCACUGGCGGAAGGGACGCGGCAGGGGGGUUUGGGGAGAUUCGGCAGGCGGAGAGAUGCGGGGGGGCGGGAGGUUUCCGCGGAUGACUACGCGGCGGUGGAGGCGUGGUGGUGGGGGGAGAGAAGCGCCAACGCGGAUCACACACGCGGAGAACGAUGGGCGGAAGAUGGGCGGGAGAACGGGGGGAGAAGGCGGAGGGAAGCCAGGGAGGGCGAGCAGCGGGCGAGGAGAGGGGAUGAGAGUGGGGAUAGUCAAAAGAGAGAAGCUGAAAGGGGGAAGUUGAAAGUACGAGUGGGGGAAUGCUCGGGGGCCGUCAAGGGCGAUGGGUGGCGGGAAGAGGGGGCGCAGGGGCCGUUACGAGAGGGGGAAAUGCGCGGAACUCAGGCGCCUGUGGCGCGGCGGAAGGAUCGCACCAGCAGGCAGAGGAGCCUCCAGCCCGUUGACACUGAUGCUGACGUGGCACGGAGCAGAGGUGGGCGGGCUAGGGAGAGGGCGGGAGAUUCGGAGCAAGGGGAUGGGGCGAGAGAAACGUGCGGCGUCGCAGGGGAGCAGGGGAGGCAGGCGGCGGGGCGAAGGGGGUGGGCGCGAGCUUUGCGCGCGGAUAGCUUUGAUACGCCGGGGAGUGGGUGGGGGGAAGAAGGCGCUGUGGGGGACGCGGCGCAGGGCAUGGUGGCGGAAGCAAGGGUGGGAGGGCGGUGGCUAGAGAAUUCUCCAGGGGGGUUUGGGGAUAGUGCGGACGAGGGGCCGGGGGAGUAUGAGAGGCGGGGGAGUGUAGGCGCACGGGAAGGCGGCGGUUGUGGCAGCUCGGCUCCUAGCCGCGGGGCAGGAGAGAGGGGAGCGUGUACGGGGGCGGGCGGCGGGGCAGCAGGUGCGGGGGGCGGCGCACGCCGUGGGCCCGCCAUGCGCCCCAGGCAGCCCCGGCGCCACCAGCAGCAGGGCCGGGCAGCGCCGCCGCCCCACCGGCGCGCCUCGCGCAGGCUGCAGCCAGGGGAGGUGCGGUCGCUGGCGCGGCAGCUGCACUCCUCCGCGCGAUGCGUUGCUGACGUGGACGCCAUGCUGGCUGCGGCUGUGGGCGAGAGGGGGGAGGCAGCUGGGGGAGGCGCAGAGGCAGAGGGGCGCGGGGAGGGCGGGGCGGGACCAGCAGCAGGACGGGGCGAGAGGGAGGACGGGGGUAAAGGGGCAGGGGGCGUGUGGGUGCGCAGUGGGGUGGUGGUGGCGCUGAUGCAGGCUCUGGCGGACUUGCACUCGUGGCGCGCUGCAAUGCUGCUAUGGCAGAGCUGGCGCGGGUCCCCAGCGUACCAGCGCAGUCCGCACGUGCUGUGCGCUCUGCUCGCCCUGCUCGCGCGCUGCAACCGCCUGCGCCACGCCCUCGCUGUGUUCCGCGCCGUGCAGCGCGAGGAGGGUGCCCAGGGCGAGGGCGAGGGCGAGGGGGAGGGGGAGGGGGAGGGGGAGUGGGGACGCCAGCUUCGAGGGAAUGAGGGGGCAGGGGUGGGUGCACGGGAGCAGGCGCGGGGCGGAGGCGGCAGCAGCAUAGACACAGCAGUGUACAACGCGGUGAUAUGUGCGUGUGGCAGGGCGGGCAGGGCGGACAUGGCCGUGGCGCUGCUCACCGAGAUGGUGGAGCGCUGCACCCCUGCCACCCCUGCCACCCCUGCCACCCCUGCCACCACCGCUGCCAGUAACAGCGCCCAAGUAUCUGCUCACCUCACAAGCCAGAGUGGGCAGGGCAGCGUCAGCAGCGAGGGCAGGCUGAGGCAUGAGUGCUGGCCGAGGCAUGAGUGCUGGCCGAGCGAGGCGACGUUUGGUGCGGUGAUGCACGCGCUGUGCAAGGCGGGGCACGUGGGGGAUGCGGAGGCGCUGCUGCCCGUGAUGGCGCGCAUGCACGUGCGCCCCAACGCCGUCAUCUUCAACACGCUUCUCUCCGCCUCCGCUGCUGCCCUCACCCCGCCCGCUGUCGCUGCUGCCACUACUUCCCGUAUUCCCGCCAUUGACAUAGGCCAGUGGGGAAGCAUUGGCAGCAGCAGCAGCAGUGGGGGUCCGCGGGACAGUGAUGCGGUGGGGCGAGUGCAGCGCGUGCUGGCAGCGAUGAGAGCAGCGAGCGUGGCGCCUACAGCUGCGACGGUGACAGCUGUCAUGGCCGCCCAUGCCGCCAGGGGUGAUGAUGGCGCCGUACUGCAACUGUGGGACGCUGUCACGAGGGGGGGCUGGGAACAAGGGUCUGGGGAAAGGGGGGUUGGGGAAGGGGGAAGCGGGGAAGCAGAAAGCAAGGAGGGGAGCGAGGAGGGCGGAGAAGGGAUGCAGGUUGGAUGGGGUGGGAGUGCAGCAGGCGACCCUGUGGCAGGGCCCGCAUCGGCAGAAGCAGUAUGUGCAGCUGAUGCAGCAUCAGCAGAGCACGCGCGGUGCAUGGUGGGUGGGAGGCAUGCAGCAGUGGUGCCAGAUGCACCGAUGGUGACGCUCGUGCUGGGCGCCAUGGCUCGCCUGCACCUCGUGCCUGCUGCCGAGGCCCUCUGGGCCCUCGCUGAGGCUUCCCAGCCGCGAGUGGUGCAGAAAGCAGGUGGUGCUGGGGGGGAUGCGGGGGAGGGGCGGGAGGGAGGAGAGUGGAGUGCACAGGAGAGGGGGAUUGGGGAGGUAGAAGGGUAUUUGUGGCGGAGCAAGAGGGAAGGCAGGCGCGCGAGGUGGGACGGUGGAACCGGGAGGCGGGAGGGUGAUGACAGAAGGGGAGGGGAUUCUGGGGAGGAGAGUGGGUCAGGCGCAUGGCAGAGGAACAGAGAGAAAGAUAAGGAUGCGGAAAGGGAGGGCGGGGGGGGUUUGGACAAGGUAGCGUGGGGCAGGUUGGAUGGCAUGGCCGCAGCAGCGAUGGUGGGCGUGUAUGUGGCGGCGGGUGAUCUCUACCAUGCCAUGCGCUUCCUCCUCUCCGCUGCUGCUGCCCGCCUGCUGCCAACGCCUGCCAUGGCCCUUGCAUCGCCACGUGCACCCGCACAACCACCGCUGCCACACUCCUCUGCACCUGCCUUAUCAGUUCCAUCCGCACUCUCGCCCUCCCCACAUACUGCUGCUGCUGCCUCUGCUGCUACUGCUACUGCUACUGCUGCUGCUGUUGCACGGCCUGCCAUGUCCCCAACGCCGUGGAACAUGGUGCUGGCGGCGCUGCAGCAGGCAUCGCUGCUGCUCCACAUGGACGCACUGCUGCUCUGCUACCUGCACUCGCCCUCGCCCGCCCUCAUCCCCCCCCACCGCGCCUCUCUCAACUCUCACCGUGCGGCACAGGCUGUGCCGGAGCUAGGUGGAGUGGGGACAUUCGAUGCUGCUGGCAGCUCAUGCCUCCCCAUGCCCUCCCACCCCCCCUGGGCGCGCCUGCCCUGGGAUUGCCCUCACUGCUUGCGCAGACGGGCAGCAAGAGCAGCAGUGCGGGGCUGGGGUAGAGGGUGCAACGGUUGGUUGGAGGAGUGGGAAGGGGAGUAUGGAGUGAGGGUGAGUGGUGGCUCGAGGCAGAGGAGUGGGGCGGCAGCACAAGGGAUGCGAGUAGGAGGGGGUGGGGACGGGCACGGGGCGGUGGGUGGCGGUGCGGGGUGCUGCUGCUGCAGCAGCAGUGAUGUGGUGGUGAGCAAGGGCACGUGUGAGGUGAUGGUGCAGGGGUAUUGCAAGGCAGGCAUGCAUGAGCGAGCAGCAGCAGUGGUGCAAUACAUGGAGGAGCAGGGAUACAGGGUCACCCCUCACCUCCUCACCCUGCUACCACAUGACUAG